UCACACGCUCUCCAACUUGAUCACAUGGAAGAACAGAGGGACGCACACAGAGAAAACAAUCCUCAUUAACUAACGAGCAGGAUGUCAGAGACUACACACAUAUAAACACAAUUUCAUCCUGUACUAGAGUGUUGUCACCCUGCUGUGCUCCACUCACACACAGCCGUGUUCUCUCUCUUCAUUCAUGAAGUGACAACGUCUUUGCUCUCUGUUCAGCAUGGAGGCAGUGGCACUGUUCUCGUUCACAGCAUCAGAAGCGGCCGAGAUCAGUUUUCUGAAACGUGACAUUAUCAAGGUGACAGAAAUGGAAGAUAAUUCUUACUGGUUCACAGCAGAGAUCCAGGGGAAGCGAGGCUAUGUGCCCAAAAACUACAUUUCCCUACUUCCUCAUCCGUGGUUUGCAGGGCGAGUGUCGAGACUCGAGGCUGAACGGUGGCUCCGCUGGCAGGACACUGGAGUGUUCCUAGUUAGAGAGAGUGAAUCAGCUCCUGGAGAGUUUUCUCUCUCUGUGAGCUAUGGUGACAGGGUGGAGCAUUUCCGUGUCCUGGAGGGCAGGGGCCAGUAUUGCAUCUGGAACGAGUUGUUUUGCUCCCUCAACCGACUGGUGGAUUUUUACAGAAGUCACAGCAUCGCAGCGGAGCACGUGGUCUACCUCAGAGACCCUCCCUCAUCCCCUUGCCCGAAACCUUGUCUGGUUCAUGCCAUUUGUGACUACACCCCCCCUCAGACCACCCACCUCCACUUCCUGCAUGGUGACAUUAUUGACCUGCUUGACUGCUCUGGUGCGUUGACCUGGAGAGGGCCCUGUCGAGGCCGAGUGGGUGUCUUUCCACCAGAGUACGUCCACCUGCUGUACCACUGA